UACCCCCAAUUGUGUACGUAGCCGUCGAUUUUGAAAAUGAAAACAGCGACAUCGGGGUCCAGGCAAAGCCUUGUUUCAACUUCUUCCCGCCGUUUCCCUGACUGAAUUUUCUUUAUUAAAAAGUGUUGUCUUCACAAGUGUUAUGGCAUCCAAUUCUUGCCUAGAUCCCCGUACUCCAAGCAACAUGAGUGACUGCGGAUCAAAAUCAACAUCAAGCCCGCCAACAGAUUACACCCCAACGCACACGACAGACAGCCAUUCCCCCGCGUCCAACAAACCUUUUACAAUUGAUGGAGGCGGGAUCGGGACGGCCCCCGAAGCAGACAGGAUAUACAUAAUCAGAGACUUGGACACCGGCAAAGCGCUCACAUUGGAAGGUGGACAUCUAACUUUAAAAGGUGCCGACACAAACGGCGGAUGGCGCUGGGAGUGCGUCGAGAGAGGCGGUGGCUGGCUUGGGUUUCGCGAGCUAGUCUCACAUAAUUACCUAGGGCGCAAUGGCUUUGGCGGGUUUUGGGCCGUCGUUCCUUGGUGUGCUGGUUGGGAAAAUUUCGCUCUUCGGCCACUGGAAGUUGGGGGCUACCACCUAAUGAGUCCCAAUUGGUGGAGUUUCCGGCGUGUGAGUGUCUCAAGCACUGGUAAGUUAGUCGAGGUAUUAUCGGCGCCAGAAGCAAUUCGCUGGGAGUUUAUUGAAGUUGGCCGUUAGAAUCCGAUGAAAUGAUACAAUAGAUCUAGUAAGGUCCAUAUAGCUGAUUUUGUGUCGCUCUAAAAAUAAUCGCAAAACCGACAUAAUAACCCUCAAAAACUUAGGUACAUAUCUACCAUAGCGGGAAAAUACAGAAUGAUGUUACCGUUACUGUAUUUGGCAGUAACCGUAGAAUUGUAGCCGUAGAAGUCCAGCUGUCAUAAUAAAAAAAG